CUUCAUUCCUAUCUAUCCAACCAUGGCGUUCCUUGUCACGCAAAUAAAAUGGUUCUACCACGAAUUCGGCAUCAAGUCCCUCUACCACACCGGCUGGGACGCCUGGCUCAUAAUCCUCACGCGAUGCACCCGCAUGUUCGCAUAUGGGACGAAUUCUCUCAUCUUGGCAUUGUUCUUCUCAGCCCUUGACUUCUCAGAUUUCCACAUCGGGUUAUUCAUGACCUUGACCCUGCUCGGCGACGUGCUCCUCUCCGUGCUCCUUACCCUCGUAGCAGAUCGCCUCGGCCGCCGAAAGAUCCUGUUCGCAGGAUCUUUCCUCAUGGUCCUCUCAGGCAUCGCUUUCGCUCUGUUCGAGAACUUCUGGAUCCUCUUAUUUGCGGCGGUAGUCGGUGUCAUCAGCGCCACAGGAGGAGAUUUCGGGCCGUUCCGCGCGAUUGAGGAGUCUACUUUAUCUCACCUUACAACGCCAAGGACAAGAGCUGAUGUUUUGGCGUGGUAUAUUACGACCGCUAGUAUUGGGUCUGCCUUGGGAGUCGAAUUGACGGGACGGGUGGUGCAUUAUUUGCAGCAUAGGGAGGGGUGGACGAUUGUUGACGCUUAUCAUAUGGUGUUUUGGAUUUAUUCUGCGAUGGGAGUAGUAAAUAUGGUUCUCACAAUCUUGCUGAGUAAGAAGUGUGAAAUUGCACAGGAGAAAAUGGAGAGUGAGGAGGGCGAAGUGUUGCUGGAUGAGAUGGAUGAACAAGAUGAGAGGGACUCGGAGGAAACCGCGAUACCAAGCCCAACAGACACCUCAGAGUCCUCGAUCUCCGAAAAGAAAAGCCGAUUCGCACAAAUCUCUCAAGCUACUCGUUUAGUUAUGUAUAAGCUUUGGUUCCUGCUUAUCGUUGACUCGCUGGCUGAUGGGAUGGUUGGCUACUCCUUGACGACUUACUACAUGGACCAGAAAUUCGACCUCCCGAAAUCCACGCUGGGAGACAUCACCUCAAUCAGCUAUGUUCUGUCCUCUUGCUCGAGUAUUUUCGCUGGUCCGCUUUCCAGACGCCUUGGUCUUAUCAACACGAUGGUUUUCACGCAUCUACCCUCCUCAGCAGCAGUUCUCCUCUUCCCGGUACCAUCUAGCAUUUUCAUGACGGUCGCUUUGUUCUUUAUUCGAACAGGGCUCAAUAACAUGGAUCAAGCACCGCGCUCAGCAUUCAUUGCGGCGGUCGUCAAGCCGGAAGAGCGAACGGCUGUGAUGGGCAUUACUUCUAUGCUGAGGACUUUGGCUGCAACUGCAGGGCCCAGUGUCACAGGAAUUCUUGCUGGUAAUGAUAGAUUUUGGAUAGCGUUUGUUGCUGCUGGUGCUUUGAGGAUUGCUUAUGACUUAGGUCUCUGGGCUAUGUUUAUUAAUAUGACGUUGCAUCAGCAUGAGGAGAAAGGAGGGGGUAAAGAGAUGGCUGAUGUUGCGAGACGAGAGAAUGACGAAGAAGAGUUGAUGGAUAUCCAGAGACAUCCGAAUGAAGGAUGAUGGUUUGCAAAGGGUUGAGAGACAUACCUGGCGGAUCAGGAGCUUGACUCUGUGGGAUAAUUGUAAUCGGCCGACUUGAGCAGGGGAUAAAAGCUGAUAAAACUGUUCCCCGCGAGAUUGAAAUAAGUAGAAAUAUAAUAUAUGAAUCUACAGAAUCGAUUCUCC